AAAUAUAUUGAUAUCUAUUAUCACUUUACUUGCAAGGCCAUUGAUAAGGGCUACAUUACUCUUGUCUACUACCCAACUAAUAAGAUAGUUGCUAAUAUCUUCACAAAGGCACUCUUACACCUGAAGAUAGAGAAGAUGGUUAUACUCUUAGGGCUUUAUGCAGUUUGA